AUAAAAAGAACGCGAGGCAGAGGGAUCGGAGAGAGAGAGAGGUUGCCGGCUGUCUGCACUAGAAGCAGCAACCAUGGUGGAGAAAGGAGGAAAGGGGAGGAGGGAGGAGGUCGUCACCAGGGAGUACACCAUCAACCUCCACAAGCGUCUCCAUGGAUGCACUUUUAAGAAGAUGGCUCCCAAAGCUAUCAAGGAGAUCAGGAAGUUUGCUCAAAAGGCAAUGGGGACUACAGAUGUGAGGGUGGACGUGAAGCUUAACAAGCAUGUAUGGAGCCGUGGAAUCCGAAGUGUGCCCAGGCGGGUACGUGUCCGCAUUUCACGCAAAAGGAAUGAUGAGGAAGAUGCUAAAGAAGAGCUCUAUUCACUUGUUACGGUUGCAGAGAUACCUCCUGAAGGAUUGAAGGGACUGGGGACCAAGGUUGUUGAGGAAGCUGAUUGAAAUCUCUUUUCUUCCGUUAGGUUGGUUUUAGCAUCUUCUAAGAAUCAUUAUUUUGGGUAGACAUAAAUUUUGUCAAACUAUGCUUGUGGAAUUUUGGUAUUUUGAGUAUUUAGAUUUGUUUUUUUUUUUUGGUGUUCUUAACCGGAAUUCUUCCACCGUUGUAAUGUUGGCAUGUGUUUUUGACGUAUAUGAUCAAUGCCUCUAGAAAACCCAUGCUUCCGAGGCCCUUGUGCAC